GCAGAGUAUGAACUCCCCCUCUGCCCCUACAUUACCGUCGAGAGAGAGAGAGAGAGAGAGGGCAGCCGCAGCCUGAAAGAAGCCGCGGAAACUUUUCUCGUCUUCAACAAAAUCCCCGAGAAGAAGAAACAGGGGCUUCGCGAAUGCCCUCGUUUUACAGGAUACAAAUAACAUAAAUCGGAAAACCCAAGAAGAGGAUGGCUAUGAAGGUUGACCAGGCGGCUGCUGUUGAUCCUCACGGUGUUCAGACUACUGUUUCAACAUCUACCUCAUCUACAGUAUCAGCUAGUGGUACCAAGGUCUCCAUGUUUGGUGCAAAAUCUGGAUUUGUUAUACCCAAGAACAAGCUAUCAGGUUCCUUGGUUCCAAUCUUUCGAGGUGGUGGAAAGGCGGAUGCUAGUGAAUCCACCAAAGAAGACACUACUAAGCAGGUACAAAGGAAAACAAAAUGGGGCAUUGAUAUGACGCAAGAUGCUGCUGUUAGACGAGGAAGAGCAUUAGCAUAUCAGACUCGAGUGGCACAAAUCACGCAGCAGCUGAAAUCAGGAGCGCUGGAGGUUGGAGAUGAUCAAGGCCCGCAGUCACCCACUCAGGUUCCAAAUCACGAUUCUUCCGGCCAGCAGAUUGACGAGUUACAAAAGCUUGAACUACUGGAACUGGAAAAGCGAGAAGUUAUUGGGGAAAUUCUACAGUUGAUUCCUAAUUAUAAGGCCCCACCUGAUUAUAAGCCGUUGCUUAAAGAGGCCAAAGUUCCAAUUCCUCUGAAAACAUAUCCCGGAUAUAAUUUUAUCGGCCUAAUAUUAGGGCCUGAAAGCAAUACUCAGAAGCGACUGGAAGAGGAAACUGGAGCUAAAAUUUGUGUUCAUGGGACUAAAGCAGAUACGGGAGAGAAGAGGGAAAUCACUCUGUCGGAUGCGGAUGAAGCUCAAGGUGCUUAUGAAGAACUCUAUGUCCAUGUAUCGGCAGAUACGUUUCAGAAAGUCGAUGCUGCAGUUGCUUUAGUUGAACUACUUGUAACACCUGUAUCUGGAAAUGCAGUAGCUGUUUCUACAACUUCGACUUUGAUUUCUGGGAAUAACGGGGAUGCCUUUGGUCAAAGUCAGGAUUCAGCUACUGGUUUUACAUUGCCCGUGUCUGCUGUUAAUCAGGGAGUGGUGCAACCAAUGGUGGGGCCCGCACAGGCAGGUCCUCCACAACUUCAGUUUCAUCCGUACCCAGGACCCUGGCAUCCGCACGGCCUGCCUCAAACCCCGAUGCGUCCUUCUGGCUUUAUCCCUGCUCCGAGUUCUGGCCCUAUGCCGAAUAAUUCCUUCCGGUUCCCUCCGAUGCCCAUCAACCCUUUUAAUGCCCCACCAUUUUACGGGGCCCGCCCUCCAGGCCCUGCAGGAUUUGGGCAAAUUCCAAGAAACUCAUCUCCCGUUGUGUCUGGUCUGCAGCCACCCUUACAGCGGCCUUACAUGGUUGAGCCACGGCCAUUGAACCAAGCCAUACCACCCGGGCCACUCCAAAAUUAUUCCAUUCUAGGCCCACAGCCCCAACCGGCAUAUCCCGCCAAUCCCUCCAGGCCAAGUCCAGCAGUAAUGGCUCCAUUUACUGGUAACCCCCCAGUGCCUGCAGGACAGACACCGGCUGCAAGACCGCCGGUGCACUCGAUGCCACAGCCAGUGGCAACUUCUCCGUUGGGUCCUCCACCCUCCAACCGUCCAUUGAUGUCCAUGCCUGUUGCUGGAAACUCAUCUGGAUGGUCCGGCCCACCUCCAAACACUCCACCUCCUUUCAGACCACCCAACAUGAUGCAAAUGGCUCCUCCGUCAGUUCCACCCCAGAGGCCUCUUCCUGGGGUACCACCUGCUGUAUCAGGCCCACCUCAACAGAAUAUGCCAGGAACUGCUGUCAGCAGACCUCCGGCACCGAAUGGUGUUCCUCCGCCUGUGUUUCCUUCCCGACCUUCCACACCCCAGUUACCAACUACACCAGUUAAUCAUCCGGCCAUAGCACCAGCUUCUUCUUUUGGCCCACCUCACACUGGGUCCCAUCCCCCACCGAUCUUAUCAUCGCCACCCAUUCGUGCUCCCUCAGUGGCAUCAACAUCUGCAGCUCCUGCACCUUCGCCAACGCCACCAUUGUUGCGUUCCCCAGCACCCAGGCCGUUGUCCAUGCCAGCAUCAACAGCAGCCCCACCACCAGUACUGGGUCAAGCACCACCAUCGAUUCAAUCAUCAUCUGCAAGACCAAUGCAGCCAGUAAUGGCACGGGCACCAGUACCAAUUCCAUCACCAUCAUCACAGCCAGCUGUGGCUACUGUUUCUGGAAGCUUACCGAGUUUCUCUACCAUAAAGCCGCCAAUGCCAAAUUCUGUGGGUGUUCCACCUGUUACAGCCCCAAAACCCCAACGUCCCAGCUCUAGCGAUUUCACAUUUCAGCCUCAGAGACCACAGACUCCAACCUCUCAGAAUGUUCCAAGGCCCACCAGUCAACCUGUAUCUCACAAUGCACCCAUGCCGCUGAGCCCAGGAAUCCAGCCUCCUGUGCCUCAGGCACCAUCUUUCCGGCCCGCUGCGAACAAUUCAGCCCCUCCUAUUGGCAUGCCGGGCUUUCCAAGGCCGCAGAUUCAAGCUCCAAUUCCAUCACCACCAACCAGUUCUGCUGUUCCCUUUACUAAUCAGUCCACAGUCCAGUCGCAGCCAAGGCACCCAACAUUUCUGAAUCCUCGCCUUGGCCCGGCCACAACCCCGGCACCUCAAAUGGGCCCACCGAGCCAUUUAUCAGGCUCCCAAGUGCCCAGUCCAUCUGGGCCGUUGCCGGUCCAACCAAGGAAUCAACUGCCUCUGACGAACCGACCUGGAAGCGUCAUGGUCCCAAAUCAACAGUUCGGUAACAGUCUCAAUUAUGCGGCUGGAAGACCUACUUCAAGUCCUGGUGGCAACCAGAUUUAUGAUCCGUUCUCCCCCACAUCAAUUUCGCUGGCCCCACCACAGCAGGGAGGUGCGCCUGUGAAGAGCAGGAAGCCGGAUGCUGACACUGAGUAUGAGGAUCUGAUGGCUUCGGUGGGCGUGAGAUGAAUAUGCCUGCAGCAGUUUGUGGUGAGUAGAAAUUGAUAUUUGGGGUUUGUGUAUAGGAUGACCUAGGUCCACCAGCGGGCUGCAUCACAGCCGUCUAAUUUUGGUAAAAGAGCCAAAGAAAGAAGGGUGUAUGGCCAAAGUAGCAUGACUUAUUUUUCAAUUCUAUUUGUGGUGCUGGAUAUUUGCAUAUUUAGAAUUUAAGGCUAGAGAUGGUACUAGGUUAGUUUUGUACCAGUUUUUCUUGGUUGUAUUGGGAUGAUUUAGGUGAGGGAGAUCGAAAAGGUGGUGGGGCCCAUGGAACAUGUGUGUGAGGUCUGAGCUGCUCAUCUGGCGGGGCCCACCGUGAACAUGCCGGGUGAAAAAUCAGGAUGGUCAAUUCAUCCGUGAGAGGAAAACGAACGGUUAGAUGAUGAAAUGUGACCAAAGGUCUGGUAUUCAAUAACUGAUGGAUCUUAAUGGUUGGACCCCCACCUGAGUGGCCCUUAUCUCACACGCUUGCCAAGUUGGCACAUGUGUUCCAUGCUGGCAGAUUAGCUGUUUCCUUCAUGCCAUUCGUCUCCAUUUACUCCUAAUUCCAUCCAAACCGCCCCUAUGGCAGUUGUGAAUGUAAUGACAAUGAAAUAAUGGAUUUUGUUGUCUGUUCCAA